CGCUGCCUGCAUGCGCGGAGCUCCAGCCCCGGGCGGCCGGGCGGCGGCGGCGCCGGAGCCGGAGGCAGCCGGACGUGGAGAGGCGCGUGGAGCCCCGAGGCGCCCCGGAUCCGCGCCGGACCCUUGUGACCGUCUAGCUCCUGGGUGCGCUGCGAAGACUCGGACCGGACUGUUUUGAAUCUCCCGGCGUCUGGGCGCGGGGCGACUCUUGGUAUUUUCUAACUCAACUCGUGGAUCGGAACGUGGCUUCGGCUCUGAGCGCGGCUGGCGACCUGUAGGACCUCAGCCCUGGCUGCGGCCGCCGCGCUCGCCCUCGGGAGAGUCAGCAGGGAAGGGACACCGGCCGGCCUCGGGAGUCUCCGCGUGCGGAGCGGAGGAGCGGAAGGCUGACUGGUCUCCCGGGAGAACCGACUCGGGAUUUGUUGCGAGCAGCAUGGAGGAGAAUGACCCCAAGCCCAGCGAAGCGGCGGCGGCGGAGGGGCAGCGGCCGCCGGAAUCCAGCCCCAGCGGCGGCGCCGGCAGCCCGGGUGACGCGGACACUGGCCGCCGGCGGGCUCUGAUGCUGCCUGCGGUUCUGCAGGCGCCGGGCAACCACCAGCACCCACACCGCAUCACCAACUUCUUCAUCGACAACAUCCUGCGGCCCGAGUUUGGCCGGAGAAAGGACGCGGGGACGUGCUGUCCCGGAGCUGGAGGAGGCAGAGGCGCCGGGGCAGGCGGCGAAGGCGGCGUGGAGGGAGGCGGCGGCGCGGGCGGCGCGGAGCAGCUCCUGGGGUUGGGCCGGGAGCCCCGGCAGAACGCGCCCGGGGCGCCUGGGGCGGGCGGGCCUCUGCCCGGCGGUGGCGGUAGCGACUCUCCGGGUGACGGCGAAGGCGGCUCCAAGGCGCUCUCACUGCACAGCGGCGCCAAGAAAGGCGGAGACCCCGGGGGUCCCCUGGACGGGGCGCUCAAGGCCCGCGGCUUGGGCGGCGGCGACCUGUCGGUGAGCUCAGACUCGGACAGCUCGCAGGCUAGCGCCAACCUGGGCGCGCAGCCCAUGCUCUGGCCGGCGUGGGUGUACUGCACGCGCUACUCGGACCGACCUUCUUCAGGUCCCAGGUCUCGCAAACCAAAGAAGAAGAACCCCAACAAAGAAGACAAGCGGCCCCGCACGGCCUUCACGGCAGAGCAGCUGCAGCGGCUCAAGGCCGAGUUCCAGACCAACAGGUACCUGACGGAGCAGCGGCGCCAGAGCCUGGCGCAGGAGCUCAGCCUCAACGAGUCGCAGAUCAAGAUCUGGUUCCAGAACAAGCGCGCCAAGAUCAAGAAGGCCACGGGCAGCAAGAACACGCUGGCCGUGCACCUCAUGGCGCAGGGCCUGUACAACCACUCCACCACCGCCAAGGAGGGCAAGUCCGACAGCGAGUAGGGCGGGCAGGUGCCACGUCCCGGCCCGCCCCGGCUAAAUGAUGCAAUAAUUUAAAAUCAGAAAUCAAGGGCCAGUGUAUAAACAUUAUACCAGCAUUAAUAGUGAAGAUAUCGCAUAUUAGCUACGGUUCUGCAAUAUUCUAUGUAUAUAUAAUUUACAGGAGGUGUAAAAUCCAAAAUGUCUGACUAUAAAAUAUUUUUUGAGUUUUUAUGUUUAUGAGAUUAUGCUAAUUUUAUGUUGGUUUUUUUUGUUUGUUUGUUUUUGCAAAGGGGGCUACUUAGGGUUUCAUCUUUUUUAAUCCCCUAAGUUCCAUUAUGGGACAUCGGACACUUUUUUUUUUAAGAAAAAAUUAAAACAACUUGCUGAAGUCCAAAGAUUUUUAUUGCUGCAUUUCACACGACUGUGAACCGAAUAAAUAGCUCCUACUUGGUCUUGAGUUCUGCCACUUUGUUUGUGUGGGCUUGGUGAGGCCGGCAGGAGGGUCCACAUGCCCAGGCCCGCCACCGCCAUCGCAGGGAAAGGGCCGCUGGGCCUCGGGCCGCUGGGCCUCCGUCCGGUGCCCUGCUCCCCAGGGAUGCCUGGGCCGGGCCCACGCCAGCCCCCCUCCUCCCCUCUUCCUGCCUUCCCUCCCUCCUCGCUGAGGCCUGGCCCGAGCCUCCCUGCAUCCUUCUGUCUGCAUCUGCGUCGUUGUCCCCUGUCCAGCCGCCCGCCUCCAGCACCGGAGUGUCCCACCUCCGGCACCGCUCCGAGGCUCAGGGCGCCAGUGGCUGGAGGCCCACAGGCUUCGGGCCGCCCUGUCCCUCCAAACCUGGGCCCAGAAGCUCCCCUGCGGCUCCAUCAGCUGCCCAGGCAAUGCCCGGGGGCCCCCAGAAACGCAGCCAAGGUCUGCUGGGUAUGCCUCGGGGGCUGUGGAAGCCUGAGAAGGAGCUGGCGGUUCCCCUCUUUCGUUUUUCUUCACUUUCUUUUCUUUUUUUCUGUUUUUAAAGUGGCCGCUUCUGCUAUAGAGAACAUUCUUUCAUGGUAAAUAUGUGUGUGCAUGUGUACAUAUAUCUGUGUGUGUGCCCAUAUACACACAAGCAGACGUGUAAGAGUCCACAGUUCUAGAACAUGUGGCUACCUUGACUUUUAAAGAAACUCAGAAUUCUCCAGGAUCUAGAGGAAGGAAGAAAGUGUAAAUAAUCAUUUCUUUUUUUGUCUUUUCUUUUUUUUUUUUUUAAAUAUACAUUUUAUUUUUUGAAGUGUGGUACAGUGUAAAUGAAAUAUAUUCAGUAUAUCCCCACCAAGUACAUAUAUAUAAACGAACACAUUAUCUAUAUCUUUAUCUGUAGCUCCACACUGUCUUCUGUUUAUUGUAUGGAAAAAGAAUUGUGUCCAAAUGUCCGUCUGUGCCGGGACAGCCUAGGGGGGUGCCCCGGGCCCUGCCCUGAGGACUGAGGGUGAACUUCUCUCUUUGCCUUAAACUUCUUUAUUUCACUGCGAUAAUAGUUUCACUUUGUAUAUACUAGCGUAAACCUUUUUUUUUUUUUAAGGAAAAAAAACUAUAAAAGCAAAAGUUGUAAUUUAAAAUUCUGUGAAUAACCAUCUGCUGCUUAGGAAACUCAAUGAAAUGAUAUGCCUUUUAGCAGGAAGCAAAGUUUUGGGGUUUUUAUUUUUUUAUUUUAAUUUUUUAGUUUAUUACACGUGCAUUUUACAGUCCCAGUAGCAAAUAUUUAUAAUCUUAUAAGAAAUGAAUGUUUCUAUUUACGACUGUGAUUAUCAAAAUUGUGAACAUUCUCCCUGCAUUUUUGUGUGUUGAAAUUCUUGAAAGUUACAUUAAAUAAAAAAAACCCACUUUAUUGUAAAAUACCAGUUGUCCAAGAUGGAAUGAGUAGGUUUUUUUUAAGUGUGUUUCUGAGCCCAGCUGACCUACCGUGGUGCUCAGAUGCUCAGGUCUUUCCCUCCACGGCAGGUGUGCACAUGCCUACCUUUGUAGCCAGAGGCAUAAUUUUUUCUUUUUAAAUAAUGAAGACACUUUGGAUGUCUCCUGUGUGAGUACAGAACAACCAAAGGAAUUUAAGUACACGUUUCUUUACCAGAAGGAAGUGUUCCAAAGUUCGGUGCUUUUUCUUUGAAUAAAUAUUUAAAAUCUUGCAGAACGCAACAGGUCUCUGGCCCUGGCUGCCCUGGGACAGAGGCGCUCAGCCCCAGGGGAGAGGACCUCUCGCUUGACCCGAGACAAAGGCUCUUCUCCUUUAUGUUGGGUUGUUGUCUUUUCCCCAGAGCACGGACUGCUGGCAUCCCAAGGCGGAUGCCGGGAAAGGACCGGAAGUGGAUGGGAGUUUUGACCUCGGGAACUGCAACUCACCUGGCCUCAGAAGACAGCUGACAACCCUGUGAACCCAACUGCUCUGUGUCCAAACUCUCUUGGCUACAGUUUUCUUCUCCCAGUAAAAGGAGCUCAGAGACGGGAGAGGAUGUCUGUUCCCAAGGUGACCGACCUUUUAGGCAUUUCCAUUCCGCACAGGCUUCCCAAGGGGAAGGACGCUGGGCCUCCGGGCAGGAGCUGAGCUGCUCCCGGGUUUUGCAGAGACACGUUCUGGGGUCUUGCUGCAGAGGCUCCGGAGCCUGGUCCUGCUGCCUGGUCCCAGGAGCGUUAAUGGGGCGGGACCACGUCUUCCUUAGCCACCACUCUGCCCCUGUGCAGAUCUGGGGGGUCUUAAAGACAAAACAAAACUGCUCUAGCCCAACUUCUAUUACCC